UGCGGCAGUAUCAGUUUUGUUUUGACUCGGACCGGUUCAGCUGUUGCCGGCUUGCAUUUUGGUGCAAAAAUGCGAUUACUUAAUCGACUUAUGUUACUCAUCCCAGUAACCAUCGCUCUGUUUGCGAUCGUAGAUGGCCAUGCUUCAUCGGACCCAUCGAACAAGGCCCGCUAUGAUCGGUUCCGCAUCUACCGGGUACUGCUGGAAACCGAAGAGCAGGUUCAGCUGAUGCAGCAACUGGAGAACCGGAGCGAUAGUUACACCUUCAUGGGCCAUGCCCGGCAUACCAAUCAGAAUCUUACCAUCAUGGUGGCUCCGCAGAAGAUUGCCGAGAUGAGCGAUUUGAUGGAACGGUUCCACAUUCGGGGCUCGGUGCUGUUACACAACAUUCAAGAUCUAAUCGACAAAGAAGACUCCACCGUCAUGCCUAGCGGAAACGACCCGGAACACUUCGACUGGCAACACUACUUCCACCUGGACACGAUCCACAAAUGGCUGGAUUUGCAAGUCACAAAACACUCCUCCAUCCUACAAUCAAUCCCCCUCCAAGCAAGCUACGAAGGCAAUCUCAUCAAAGGGGUCAAGCUCUCCAAGAAAUCCGGCAACACUGCCGUCUUCGUGGAGUGCGGCAUUCACGCCCGCGAAUGGAUCUCCCCUGCUGUGUGCACCUACCUUCUAAAUCAGUUGCUCACAUCUACCACCUCAGAUGUUCAAGACCUGGCCGAGAACUUCGAUUGGUUCUUCUUCCCGGUGGUGAACCCAGACGGGUACAAGUACACCUUCGAGGCGGAUCGCCUCUGGCGCAAGAACCGCAAGCCGUACGGUCUCUGCCGCGGAGUAGAUCUGAACCGGAACUUCGAAAGCGACUGGAACGGAAUCGGAGCCAGUUCGGACCCGUGUGCUUACGACUUUGCCGGUGGAUCCGCAGCGAGCGAGUCGGAGACUCAGGUGCUGCAGAAGUUCCUCAAAGAGAACGCACAGUCCAGCAGAAUCAAGACUUACUUCUCGAUGCACUCGUUCUCGCAGUUGAUCAUGUUUCCGUACGGGUACACGGCGGAUAAGGUUCAGAACUACGAAGAUCUGCAGACGAUCGGAGAAAGGGGAUCGGAAGCGAUUCGAAGAACCCACGGCAAGGAGUACGUUUCGGGAGCGAUGAUCGAGACCAUCUAUCCUUCGUCGGGAGAUUCGGUGGACUGGGCUUACAGCGAAUGUGACGUUCCGGUGGCGUUCACGUUUGAACUGAGAGGUCCUCCGGACAGUACGAAGAUGUUCAUUCUGCCGGCGGAGGAGAUUGAGCCGACUGGGGAGGAAACGCUAGCUGCGUACGUGGCAAUGCUGAAGGCGGCCAGGGAGCUGGGAUAUUACGAGAGUGCCGAAACGCAGAAAGGUGAAUUGUAAACGUGACAGGAAGCAGAGAAAGCCGAAAAUUUAGGUGAUUUCGAUUUUCAUCAUAAGUAGGAUAUUUUCUAAAGAAAAUAAAUAAAAUAGCGGAGAGAUUUGAAAAACUUGAAACAUGGAAAAUAAAUAUUAUGUUGGCAAGA